AUCGUGACCCCGUGAGCAGCGCGUCACACGCAUUUCCGGGAAAUGAGAAUGUUUUAGCCUGCGGCUGCCGACGUCCUGUUCUGCUUUCCUGCCGCUGCCCAUCAACAUGAGCGCCGCGCAGAAGACGCGCGACGUCCCCGCUCAGCCUGCUUGUUGUUCACCCAACUCUCUCCCCUGACUCCUCCAGCCGAGAUGUACGAGGAGAAGGCCGCCGCGCCGCCGGAGGAGCGCGGCUUCCGGGAGGAGUGGUCGCUGUUUGUGUGGACCUCCCUGGCGGUGGCGGUGCCGGUGAUCGUCACUCUCUGGUGCAGCGUGCGGCGCUCCAAGCGGAGGAGCCACAUGACGGAGUUCUUCCGCCAGAGCCGCCACGGCUGGCACUGCACGGACCUGUUCAACAAGCCCACCUACUGCUGCGUGUGCUCCCAGCACAUCCUCCGCGGCGCCUUCUGCGACUGCUGCGGCGUGUGCGCCGACGAGCGCUGCCUGCGCCGGGCGGACCGGGAGCUUCAGUGCAAGGAGAUCAUGGCUCCUUCCCGGGAGGACGGCGGAGCGGAGCACCGCUGGGUGCGGGGCAACGUGCCGCUGGCCAGCUACUGUGCGGCGUGCAAGCAACAGUGUGGCACGCAGCCGAAGCUCUGCGACUUCAGAUGUGUGUGGUGUCAGACCACAGUACAUGACGAGUGCAUGGGCAGCCUAGCGGAUACGUUCGAGUGUAACAUGGGCGAGUUUCGCAACCUCAUCAUCCCUCCGCACUAUCUCUACCAAGUCAACAAGCUCCGGCGCGGACACCCUGAUGAGUACACAAAGCUGGCGUCCUCGUGUGACAGCACUUGGACUCCUGUAUUGGUCUUGGCCAACAGGCGCAGUGGAAACAACAUGGGGGAGGCUCUCCUGGGGGAAUUUCGCAUCCUCCUCAACCCUGUGCAGGUGUUUGACCUGUCACAGCUCGCACCCUCCAAGGCCCUGCAGCUGUGCACCCUUUUGCCCCCUGGGUGUGUGAGGGUGCUGGUGUGUGGAGGGGACGGCACUGUGGGAUGGGUGCUGGAUUCCAUUGACACAAUGAGACUGAAGGGUCAAGACCAAUUUAUCCCAAGGGUGACUAUCCUCCCACUGGGUACAGGAAAUGACCUCUCCAAUACUUUGGGCUGGGGGUCGGGGUAUGCUGGAGAGAUCCCUGUGGAACAGGUUCUUCGCAACAUCUUGGAUGCAGAGGUGGUGAAAAUGGACAGAUGGAAAGUGCAGGUCUCUUCCAAAGGCCUCUCUAUUCGCAAACCAAAGGUUUUGGCCAUGAACAACUACUUCUCUGUGGGUCCUGACGCUCUGAUGGCGCUGAAUUUCCACACACAUCGUGAGAAAACACCCUCCUUCUUCUCCAGUCGUAUCAUCAACAAGGUGGUGUAUUUCCUGUACGGCACCAAGGACUGUUUAGUGCAGGAAUGCAAAGACCUGGAUAAGAGGAUUCAGCUGGAGCUUGAUGGCGAGAGGGUGGAGCUGCCCAGCCUGGAGGGCAUCAUUGUUUGUAACAUUGGCUACUGGGGGGGUGGCUGCAGACUCUGGGAGGGAGUGGGAGAUGAACCCUGCCCUCCCACGCGGUUGGACGACGGUCUGCUGGAGGUGGUGGGAGUGUUUGGUUCCUUCCACUGUGCUCAGAUCCAAGUCAAGAUGGCGAACCCAGUACGACUGGGACAGGCUCACACAGUCAGGCUGGUUCUGAAGAGCUCCACCAUGCCCAUGCAGGUGGACGGGGAGCCGUGGGCGCAGGGCCCGUGCACCGUCACCAUCACCCACAAGACGCAGUGCCUCAUGUUGUACCACAGCGCCGAGCAGACCGACGACGACGACGACGACUCCAGCGCCUCGGAGCCCGAGAGCCCCGCCCCUAACGACUCACCCGUGCCGCCGUGCGUGAGUCAUCCCUGAUUGUUUCAUUAUCAUCUCACCUGUUGCUAUGGUAACCACUACAAUACACAUCCACGUCACCAGAAGAAUGUCAGCUAAGCGCUGAGGCGAAGCAAUUUAGGACCAAUUCAGACCAAAAGCACUUCAAUGGACGGAAAACUUGUGACCUUAUGUCAUCAGUUAGCCUCUCAAGUUGAACUUGGAGGUGAGAAGACAGUGCUUCAUAUUGUUGACGACACAUUUUAAUACAAUUCAACUGCCAUUUUAUGUGCGCACAUACUGCCAACGCCUGACAAAAACGAGUCUUGCCAAAAUAAGACUGCUUGCACGCAUUACCAUGUGACAGUAUUUAGUCAUGAGACACUGUAUCAAGCAGACUAACUUAACUCCAUCUUGUGUGCAGGAAACCACCAAGUAAAGUUGCUUAACUUGGUUUUUUUUUUUUUGCACACCAAAAAAAAUCAGGAUGUUUAGUUUUUGGCUGACAUUUCAGAAUGAAGCGAAAAUAACCUUUCAACUUCAUUUGACCUUCAAUAAACUUUUGAAUGUUUUACACAUUUUUACACAACUUGCUGUCAAAUGAACUUCACCUAUGAAGGUCAAAGGGGAUCUCUGAUGAUUCUAAUCUACAUGUAAAACACUUCCUUCAGGUCUAGAUAAUACAGUCGUGGUCAAAAGUUGACAUACACUUGUAAAGAACAUAAUGUCAUGGCUUUCUUGAGUUUCCAAUCAUUUCUACAACUCUUAUUUUUUUUGUGAUAGAGUGAUUGGAGCACAUACCGUAUUUUCCGCACCAUAAGGCGCCCUGGGUUAUAAGCCGCGCCUUCAAUGAACGGCAUAUUUCAAAACUUUGUCCACCUAUAAGCCGCCCCGUGUUGUAAGCCGCAUCUAACUGCGCUAAAGGAAUGUAAAAAAAAACAGUCAAAUAGGUCAGUCAAACUUUAAUAAUAUAUUAAAACCAGCGUGAUGUGGGCGCGCAUGGAGUCGUAUAUCAACAUGGACGAAGCUGCGUGAAAAAAGCCACCCGGCCUCUUCGCGUAAACUUAAACUUACUUUAACCACUCGCUCAUCUUUUCUUCAUCCAUCCCUUCGAGUUAGCUUUUAUGAUGACGCCGGCUGGAAAGGUCUCUUUUGGCAAGGUCUUCCUUUUGAAUAUCACCAUGGGUGGAAGUUUCUGGCCAUUAGCAUGGCAAGCUAGAACCACAGUGAAGGAUGACUUCUCAUUCCCUGUGGUGCGAAUAUUCACCGUACGUGCUCCCGUUGUAUCCACAGUGCGGUUCACAGGAAUAUCAGUUGCUGUGAAAUAGUAAUCCGUGUGCGGAUGGAGAGAUUGCGUCUUUUCAUGAACCGGAUCCCUGUCGCUUAGUAGGAGCCAUUUUGUGGUCUUUACAGAUGUAAACACACAAAGGAAAUGAAACGUACGGUAAUAUCCGCACGCUUUUUCUUCUUCUACGCGGGCGGGUGGUUGCUUACAGUAGAAGAAGAAGCGCUUCCUGUU